AUGCUGAGAGCGGCUGCCUCUGGCCGCGGCAGUUUCUUUAUAGGCGGAUCUGGCGCCGCCCCUUUGGGUGUACUCCGGCGGUCCCUUGUCGCCGUCGCCGCAUAUGUUUGCCUUUUCAGUCAUCUUUUGGACGUCGUCGUCUUUUUGCCAUUAAAUCUUCUUCUUUUGGCUCCCCAGUCGCAGAUCCGUGCCUUGCAACACGGCAGUAUUUUUCGUCAAGCCGGUCAUUUCGUGGUUUUUUGCGUGCGUUCGAAAUCCCGAGAUGAGCUUUGUUUUGGCUGUAGUAGGGAGCUCCGUCGCGUUCCUUUUUAGUGACGAGUCGUUAUUUUUGUCUUGUCAAGAGCCGUUUGAUGGAUCAGCGAUAUACGACACUUUCUUAAAACCUACUAAGUAGCUCGAGAUUUUCCAGCCUUUAUCCAGAUGAAAUAAAUCUUUCAGAAAGCGUUCUUCGGCGUUGCAGAACUUUUUUGAGUUUUGCCAUUCAUUCUACUUUGGAAAUUCAGAUUCUAUUCACAAAAUAGAUGGAAAUCUUCAAGUUUUUCUUUCUUUCAAAUCCAUUGUUUCAGUCUAUCCUAAGGCUCUUGGGCUACGAGCUCAAUGAAAUUUCCGUUUCUUCAUGCGAUUCUCCACUGCGAUCUCAAUCCGUGACCUUUACCCAGAUAUUUUUACUGAGGAAGAUUGUUGGCCUAUUCUUGAACGUCCUCGUAUUUAUUUUUCUUGGUUCAAAUGAAUCAGAAGAAAUAUUUCCUUAUCAACUUGAUUAUUUCAGGGGAAGCCCGCCGUUUAUUUCUGCGUCAUUUGAACACAAACCUUCUCAUUGUGGAAGAUCCUAAAUGUAUGUUUGAUUAUCGAGAAAGAUUCAUUUUAAAACUGUGGAUAUGUUAAAAAAAAAAACAAAAGUGCACUCCACGUGUUCUCAGAAGCUUCUCUCUAGGUCUAGAAACUCUCCUCCUCAAGCGUGUCAUUACCGGAUGCAAUUUACCGGCUCAAGAUACCAAAUCGCAGAUUUCCAGAAGUAAAACGACGGAGACAAAGAAGCGGAAGACGUGACCGGCGGUGCGGUGGCCACGGUCCAAGACGUGACGGCGCUCGUCCCACCGCUGAAUGCCGCAUCGGAUGCACCCGUCACGAACGUGACGCUGUUCAUGCACACAAAUUCUCCAGCCUUCGCCACCAUCCUAGCCCUAUUUCAUCUGCUGUCGCGACCGUCAUCCGCUACUUUGAUUGACUACAGGUAUAUGGUUCCUCAAACUUUCUUCGAUUCCGCAGAACAGUCUGUCUCAUUGAAGGUUUCUUUGAUCCUUCUUUUCUUCUUAUCUCAGUUUUCUGUACCAAUGCUAAUUUGAUGUGACCCUGAAUAACCUUCUUUCAAAAAGACGAGUAGUUUACCUUUGGUCUGUAAAAUUCGUAUUUUUUGCUUCUCACAACUCUUUUCAAUAACAUCAGAAACAUCAAUCUGAUAGAAUCAUUUGGGAUCUCAGUAGAAUGAACUUUCUGAAAAGAGAAGUUGAAUUUUUUAGAAUUAAGUUUUUCUUCAGCUCAACGACCAAAUACUGCUACAGCUGCAUGUCGGAAGACUUCUUGCUCCACUGGCCAUACUUGGAUGAGGUUGGUUUUUUUCUUUUCUUCAAAAACUUCCUGAAAUUGGAAAAAAAAUACAAAAAACUCAAUCUCUUAUUUGAUCAAAAAAAGGUAAAAAUCAGCAGCAUUUUUAAAAAGACUGGAAACUGUGACUUAAUCUUAUCGAGUAGAACAGAUUCGGAUGGUGAAAAAUAAAGCUCAUUAAAAAAGUUCCUGAGGAAGGCUUGACUCAUUUCGAUAAAAGUUGAAAUUUUAUUCAAAUUUUGGAAACACGCGCCUUUUUCGAGGGCUUCAGUAGAGUUCGGCGGAAAAUUACCAAAUGAUUGGGCAAAUUCUAUUUUCCUCUUACAAAUGCGCGGCGAUGCACCCCCCUCCUUCACAGUUGUCAUGCGGUGUUGGAUUUCGGCAUUUCUUGGGGCUAAGUUGUUCGGCUCUUGAAGGUUGUACGGCUGUAAUGUUCGGGGACAAGUCGACUAGAACUUACUAAUAUUUCAUCUUUAGAAGGCGAAAUACAUUAUUGAGACAGUUUUUCGAGUGAAAGUCAUGAAAUAAACAAAAUUAUCGACUUAUUCUUAUUGGUUCGAGUAUCAAAAAUUCUGAAUUUUUGAGUUUUGAUUUACUUCUUGCGCUUGAAACGUUUUGAAUCAUUUUAUUAAGUUUUUCAACAAGAAGGUGGAAUUUUUUUCUAGUUUUGUUCAGUGGCUGGAAUAUCAUAUCAAUUUCGUUUAAAAUUACUUUUUGGGAUUUUUUUGAGGUAAAGGAUGCGUCUGUAUUCCGUUUGCCACGAUUUCCUAUAAACUUCAUAAAAAUUUUUUCUUUGACGUUUGGAUCAGAAGGAGGAUUCCGUAGAAAAACUAAGAUUUCUCGUUCUUUCAAACUUUUCACCAAUCAAAACCCAUCCCUGUUAAUGGCUCAGUAUCUUUAUCAUCAGCCCAGUUUGAUCAACCUUGUCAGUUGCAACUUCUCUUGCUUUUUCCAUGCACUCACAAAAAACGCGAUGACAAAACGUGUCACUUUCCAAGCGACAAAAAGAUGAGUGGGCACCUGUGAAGUCGCACUCCUAGCUAUUUUCCCUCGAACAGCAAAAGCAGAAGAAGAAAGAAAGAACAGGAAGAAGGGCUCUUAAAUAUGAGCUUUUCUGCUCUGCUUGCGACUUUUAACCCCGGCGGCGAACCGAUUUGCAUAUUGCAUUGGUCGUGUGAAAAACUUCCGCUCUUCGAGGUCAACGUCUUCGUUGUUGAUCGGAAAAACCAAACCGGCGUGGGUUUGAUUUGAGGCCGCGUCGGCAUUACCCUGCCGCGGAUUUGAUUAAGAUGGGAUCUCGGAUUCGUAAUUAUGGUCUCUUCACGAGUUGGUCUCGGCUUGUUGGUGGAUCAACUCAAAGUUGUUACGCCCUUUGAAUGCAUUUCAAAACGCGUUGUAAAAAAGUAGAUAGCUGAAAGAAUAUUAAUCAUCUAAGAAACUUUCAGAUCUAGUCUAAAAAUUCCCAACAGAAGAAGAUUGACCAAAAUUUUGAAGUGUUUCAACCUUUUUUGCAGAGAAAGCUGUGAUUCAAGAUCAAAAAAUCAAACAAAAGCUUAAAUCUUCAGAUUUUCAGAAUAUGUUAUCAUCAAAAUAACGUAUUGAUAUUUCUCAUCCAGGUCAAAAAUUUGAUAUGAAAAUGAUUAGAUACUUUCCCAUUCAACACAAGAACAUUUUUACGAUCUAAUGAAAAAAGUUUAGGAAGCCCAAAAUCCCUUUUUUUUUCUCAUCAAACUUCCCCUCAUCACUUAACUUUCUUUUUCUUCUAAAUCCUUUCUCUCAAAGUCCGAACUCUUCUAAUGAUCCUCCAACAAUAAACUUUUCCUGACGUCUUCUUUUGCUUUGUAUGAUCUCUCGCUUUCCAACUCUGGGCGGCUUGGUUUUUUGUCUUUUUGGCUCGGGAGUAAAGAUGCGAAUUUGCGGUGUUGCCCUCUCGACGACGCGGCCCCUGGAAUUCCUUGGAGAUCCGCCAAAGCGAUAUAUCAGCGAAGCUGGCCUCUGCUGAUUUUAAGCUCUACUCCGCCUCAAAAUAUCCAAAAAAUUCUGGGCCCACAACCAGUUUUUGUUGCGAAAAGAUUAAGGAAGAGCCGGAUGUGAAAAACAAAAAAAAGAGAGCUAAUGAUAUUUAAUUUUUAAGCUCUUUCAGGGAAGUGAGUCACCGGAAUUUUUUCUUUUACAUAUUGGUAUCCGAAGAUAUUCUUUUUUGAUGCCUGAAAAAUUUUGUGGAGACAACUUUUCCCACAACAACGGACAUUAUUGUUGAAACCAGAUGUUUCAUUUUAUAUGUGGAAAAAAGGCUGUAUCUUUUGGUGUUUUUUCGAGAUUGUAAAGCUGUCCUUGAGAGAAAGGCUGGAAGUAUGGAAAAAACCUGGUAGCACAUCCAUCACAAUCACAGACUGAGCGGUAUAAAUGACCGGACACGCGGAUCCGAGGAGAAAUGGGGCUUGAUCGAUGGAGAACAACACCUUUCUGUUGGUUGACACGUCGUAGGCGGACUCUGGGUGAUAAAAAGUACGGGAUAUACCAAAUUCUUCAUCGCAAAAAGGGAAGUUUUGGGAAAAAAAUUUAUUUCGCUAAAAAAAUUUUUUUUUGAUGCAGCAAGGUGUCUUGACGAGAAAUAACUUUUUUAUUCUCAAGGAAAAAAUAAUCAUUCUCUUAAUAAUAACAUAAAAAGCACACCAAAAACACCCUAAUCACAAAAGAAGGAUCAACUAUAUGUUUCCAUUUUUUCAGGUUUACUACCGACCUAUCAACUUCACGGACCAAUGCUUCAAAAUUCCACCGAGGGUAAGUUUUUCAUUCAUUGGUUUCUUCUUCCAACAUUUCCGAUUUCAGGCAAACAUCGGAAUGAUGCCGUGCAGCCAUUCCAUGUGCGUCACCGUGAUUGAACCUCGAAUCUUGGCCGGUGAGGUUUUGAAGAGUUUCAAAGGCGAUCCUGGCUUGAGGGGUCACUUUUUGAUUGAUUACUCAUUACAAUUGCGCGCACAAGAUGCCGACUCCAUUAAUCUUGCCUGAUCAUAAAACUUGCGAUUAUUGGAGGCUCAAAUCAUAGAUGGGGCGGAUGUAAACUAAAAAAUGUGAGGGUUCGAGUUUUCGAUAGGAAUAAAACAUGACUGAUGAAAUUUUUCCUGAGCACUAACCGCAAGAAAAAUUUCAUAUUAUUGAUUUUUUUCAAUCAUAUAAAAUGUGGUGGUAAUCCAAGUUGCGGCUGAGUUACACUUCACUCAAAAAGACAUAUUUUGCCAUCAUUUGCUCUUCUCAACCCCUUCCAGUUUCGUUAGAUUAGUACUCAUCCCCUUCAUUGAACUCAACUCCAAUCUCGCAACUUUCAUUUAUUUUGGGAGGCUCUGAAGAGUUUGAGAUUUUAUUGUGAUUGUCUUUGCAUUGAACGACUUUUUGCACUUUUCUCUAGUUUGAGGGUAUCCUGCUUUUGAAAACUUUUACAGGGGUCUUCGAUUUUUCAAAUAGUGUCGAGGCUUUGAGUUUAGAGAAUAAUAUUUUUCAGCAGUCAAAAAAGCAGGUCCAUCAUUUUCUUCAGUAGUCUUUUUUCAAACGCUUCUAUCGGCAUUGUGUUUAAAAAACUGCAAACAAGAUUUAAUCGAAAAUUUUUGAAACUAUCCUUGAAAUUCAUUCCGCUGAAUUAUUUCCCACGGAAAAAAAAUAACUUGGAACCAAUCUCAUAAAAAUUUUCUACAUAUUCAUAUACGAUUGUUUACGAUUACGAAUUCAAUUCGAGUGAUGUGAAAACGCUGUUUUCAACAAAUUAGUAAGCAUUGAGUAUAUUCUGCUUUCAAAGUUGGAGAACAGGAGAAUCGGCAUAGUGGCGGGAGUGCUUUAAGAGGCGAAGACACUUCACCACGCGAGUUCCCGAGCACGACGAGAUGUGCAAGUACGCACUUCAAUCCACGCAAUUCAACUAAUUCUUUUCAUAUUUCACUUGAAGCAGGAAAUGCGAAAUCUCCUGUUUUUUUCUUCUUCUACUGCUUGUCUCGGCGCCGCCGGUUCCCAGAGGCGAGGGAGCGUCUGCCGGCCUACUCCGUAAUUGAGUUGCCCCAAUCGGCCAAAAAGGACAUCGCGCAUUGUGUUCACGUCAAAAAACUCGUACCAAAGGAUCGUGCCAUAGAUCGGAUAUAUUGCAGCAAUGAAGAUGAUAAAAAGAGAGAAUAGAAAAAUAUUGAAAAUUGAAGUGAUAAAAAAACCUUAAUAACCAUAUAAGACUGAUGGAUAUAAAAACAACGAUAUAAAAAAAAACCCUAUAAAGAAAAAAAGACCAUUCCGUCCCUCGAAUUUCAAGUUAGAAAUGCAGCCAGGGUCCAAAGAAGGAUCUAGGAUGGAUUGCAAAAAGAACAAAAAGUUCAAAAAGGAUACGGGUAGUAAUUGAUAAAACAAUUCAAGAAAAAAAAUGAAGUAAGCUGACUCUCAUUAUGCUUUUUGAUAAUACAAAAAUUAUCGUUCCAUUUUCCAGGUCAACACAUUGGCAACAACAUCAUUCGCGGCUGCUUUUCCGGCGUCUUCAAACACGGCAGCGUGCCAAAAGCUCAAAGCUCGCCGAUUUUGGGUUUGGCUUUCAUUUCCUUUUUCUACCAAAGCAAAGAAAAAUCAUGAAUUAUGGCUUCUCGACAAUUAAGGCGAUCGGAUCGCGUGAGGAUGCACUUUUCUGAUGACAUUUCUCAGCGCAUCUGAAAUAGGAAGAAACAACUGAAUGAUUUAUAUCAGUCAGCAACAAGGCACAGCUUUUUAAAUCCUUAGGAAAAAAAUUGUUGCGAAAUCAUUUUGUGAAAAUUUUGAGAACGAUUAGGGACAAAGAAAUUUUUAGCAUUUUGGAUUUUCGAAAUCAACUGGAAGAAACUUCUGAAUUUAAUAAUGACCUUGAUGAGUGGCAAUUUUUGGUGAAAAUUAAAUGGUAACAUUCCUGGUCAAACAUGAUUGCACAAGGAUCCAUCUGAUAAGGGAAUCAUAUUGACAAUCAAAAAAACUUCAAAUACUCCUUUGCCUAUUUUCAAUCGGUAUCAUCUUCUCAUGUUUUGAUAAGAUUAACAGAAAAUCUCUAUAAACUCAUUAAAAACACCCUAACUCAAUUUUUUUCAUAAUUAACUUCCUGAAUCUUAUCAAACCUAUCCCACACGUCUUUUCCGAAACACAUUAUCUGAAAGAAUUAUGAGAAUCGUGUGGAAGCGCGUGAGCCCUAUUUCUCAACACGUAACGGCCCAACAUUUAUCGUGGACCUCAUUAGACUGAAAAUAAAUAAAGCAACUGCUCCCAAGGGUCUUUGUGUAAGGACGGUCAAGCUGAUUGCUUAAUGCGCUCUCGUUAUUGACAGCUUAACGGUUUGUUAGUACAACGAUAUGUCACUUAACCAAUGACUUUCCGUCAAAUUUGCGCGUUCAGGUUUCGGACAUUGCGGAAGCUCUGAUUAUAUUGGCUCGGGGUGCUGACCCACAUUCAAAAAUUCAUUCAGUGUUCAGAAGGGAUUUCCUGCUGGAUCAGAGAAUAAUUGAAGAGUUUUUUGUCGGUUCCCAAAGCUUUCGUUGAUCAAAAGGCCCGUAAAUAAUCAUUUCUAGUUACUGAUAGUUGCAAUAACAUCUUUAGCGUAUCUUCUUGUAUGGAAAAGAGCUCAUUCUAAAAUAAUCAUUUCUCAAAAAUGAGAAAAAAGGCAAAAAUAGAGAGAAUCAUCAACUAGACACACGAGUUUUUUCACUUGUGCUUUAAAAGCAGGCACCGAAAAAAAGUUAAAACUCGAAGUUUUGAAUUUCAGCGCCUUAGACGCUUUUUUCCUCAUAAAAAAGUUUCUGUUUUUUCUGCCUGAAAAUAAAGCCACAGCAAAAUCACAAAAUGGUGGUGAUUCACAAAGAAAGCAUAAAUUUGAAAGGGGAGGCUAAAACAUGCUGAUUAUGUAGUAAUAAAGAGAAGAGAAAAGCGUAGAAAACAAGCCAACUAUCAUCGUCUCGAAAAAAAAGAUUUUUGAGGAUUCUGAGUUUUGCAGACACGUCAUGCACGCGGAUGCCAGCUCAUCGGCUGCUGCCACCGCACCUCGCCGCUCGCAGCAGCAAUCGAAGCGUCGAACUGUGUUGGUGUGUCGGCCAACUCUGCAACGACUACCCCAGCGUCGCCAUCAACUAUCGGUAGGUUGUUUUUUCAUCGGCAGCUUACUAGAGAGGUCAUUUUAUUUCACGAUUAGGAGCUUCUUUCAAAUCGGAAAAAGUUCACCGAUGUAUCAAAAAAAAAAUAUCUUCAAACUUUCCACCUACACAAUUUCCUGGUUUUUUGUGGAAUGAUAGUUCAAAGCCCUAGAACAGCUUAUUUUAACGGCUAACGGCUUUGAAGGGUUUUCUCCAACUUUGAAGCUCCCUAUCCCAAAAACUAGCAUUUUGUGCAGAAUGAACCAUUCAGGACAUUUUUUUUGUACAGUAAUGAGAGUUAUGGCCGACUUUCAGCAGUUUUCCAACCUGAAAUUGAAAUGACAAUCUUUUAGUCACCUCUUCAAUAACCGAGGGAAUUGGUCGAAACAAGUUGACCGAAGUUUUGGCUGCUCAAAAAAAUUCAAAACUGAAAAAGAGUCUUUCAUCAGCUUUUCUAAUCUCAUCAAACAAAAAUUAAUAAAAAUGGCAUGGAGUGUUGAUCCUAGCUACGAUAUUUUUGAUCACUUCAUUUUUUUUUCCAGAUUGCAGCAAAGCCUGACAGAUUUUAGUUGCACGAAGUUCUAUGUGAAUAGUGUUCCAUGUUCAAAUUUUUAUUUACGAGCAAAAGAGAGCUCUAAAGAUAUGACCGGGUUUGGAUGAAAAAUUUGACUUUCAUCUCAAGUGUGAAAAUUGAAUGCUGUGAAAAGAAUCAUUGAAUACAGUUUUUUGUGUCUCACAUCACUAAAGGGUUGGGAUCGAUAUCACAACAAUUUAUUUGAGUUUAUAUACUUCGAUCCAAUAUUUCAUGGAGCGAGUUCAAUUGGGGUAAAUGCAGCCAAUAAUGAGUCUUGACCUGAAAAAAACUUUGAAUAUAAUUUCAACAUUGCCCUGAUAAAAAUUGCAGCUUAAAAAUAAUCAAAAAAAUAAAUUCAGAUUUUUUUCCAUUAUUUUUUUCAGGAGAUCUGCUCUGGAGAACGCGUACAUUCUCAUCGCGGCUUUCAUUUUAACGGCACUCUCGAUAUUCCGGUAG